CUUCAGAAAGUCCGGCUUCACGCGGCGAGUGGUGACACUUCAGUACGGAUUUUUACGGUUUCAGUAUCGGUGGGGUCGGUGAUAAAAUAUAAGUCAUAAUUUUAAAAAUAGUUCUUAAUUGUGUGUAUUUUUAUAUUAUAUAACGGCACCAGAAACGUGUUUUAUUUUAAUAUAGUACUUUACAUUCUAUAGUUGUAUAUUAAUAAAAAUAUUAUUUGUGUAAAUGAGGGUAAAAUUUAAAAAAGUUUAGUACUGUGAAAAGUGAGUUCAGUGAGAACACGAACAAGACGCUAUGAAAAAUAUCACUUAUAUAAAUCAAGGUGUUUGAAUAGAAAAUAAAUAUGGAGUCCCCACUGAAAAAAGGCAGACCGCCUCAUCCUCGGGCGAGAGCAAACCCUUUGUCAGCUAUAACAUUUGCAUGGACCUUACCAAUAUUUUGGGGAGGUUUGAAGAAAGAAAUGGAUGAAAAUGAUUUAUAUGAGCCAUUAGAAGAACAUGCUUCAGGUCCACUGGGCGACAAAUUUGCGCGGCUGUGGGAAGAAGAGGUUGCCAGCGCGGGCGGGAAAAGAACACCAAGCCUGCUCAGGGUCAUAUUAAAAGCGUACGCUGCGCGAUGUAUGCUUUAUGGCUUUGUUCUACUGUUCAUGGAAUGUGGAAUACGCAUAGCGCAACCAGUGUUUCUAGGAAAACUGGUCGAGUACUACAGCCCUGAUCAGAAGACUGUGAAACCAACCGAGGCGUAUUUAUACGCCGGUGCGGUAGUUAUAUGUUCGGCGUUAAACGUCUUCGUAGUACAUCCGUACAUGAUGGCCAUUCUACACAUGGGCAUGAAAUUCAGGGUCGCCUGCUGUUCACUCAUUUAUAGAAAGUCUCUACGGCUCUCGAAGACGGCUCUCGGCGAGACGACAAUAGGGCAAGUGGUGAAUCUCCUGUCAAACGAUGUGAACCGCUUUGAUGUGGCGGUCAUAUUCCUGCACUAUCUGUGGAUAGGGCCGCUGGCUACCGUCAUCAUCACUUACUUUAUGUGGCUGGAGAUCAACUGGGCGGCCAUUGUUGGUGUGGGAUUCAUGCUCGCGUUCAUACCGUUGCAAGCUUAUUUGGGCAAGCGUACAUCAGUACUGCGUCUGAAAACAGCGCUGCGCACGGACGAGCGCGUGCGACUCAUGAACGAAAUAUUAUCCGGAAUUCAGGUCAUCAAGAUGUACACUUGGGAGAAACCAUUCGCGGAUCUCGUGGCCAAAGCUAGAAAACAAGAAAUAAAGCAGAUAAAGGCGACUUCAUACAUCCGCGGUGUGCUCACGUCUUUCAUCAUGUUCACCACCCGUAUCUGCCUGUUCUUCUCGAUCCUAGCGUUCGUCCUUGAGAACAAUGUGAUUAGCGCCAAGCAAGUGUUCGUCGUGACGAGCUUUUACAAUAUCUUGAGACAGACUAUGACCGUUUUCUUCCCGCAAGGUAUAGCCCAAAUCGCUGAAGCUACCAUUUCGAUAAAGCGACUCCAGAACUUCAUGUUGUACGAGGAUACAAGUAAGCCAGUACCAGGCCUAGCGGAAAUUCAGACCUCCAAAAAAGGAAAAGAAGAAUCUCUAGUGAAGGAUAUCCCACCGUCACCAGUCAAAGACGAUGUUGAAAAGAAAAAGGAAGUCGGUUCAAAACAAUCGUUAGAAACUCCCGCGGAAACUAAAAAGUCCCACGAAGCUAAAGGCAAUGGCAAUCUGGAAGCACCACUAGAAUCAGGUGAAGAGGACAACGAAGAGUUAGCAACACGUGUAGAGGAAGAUGCGAGAGGAGUAAGACUGAAGCACGCAACCGCAAAGUGGAUCACGUCGCACCCUGAAAACACACUUACUGAUAUGUCGCUCACUAUCAAACCUGGCAAGUUAAUAGCAGUUAUAGGGCCGGUGGGUGCGGGCAAGUCGUCGCUCUUGCACGUUCUCUUGCGUGAACUGCCGCUGGUCUCUGGUUCCGUGCACAUCGGUGGAACAAUAUCCUAUGCUAGCCAGGAGCCUUGGCUGUUUGCGGGCAGCGUCCGCCAGAACAUCCUGUUCGGGCAGCCCAUGGACCGCCCGCGCUACAACGCGGUGGUGCGCCGCUGCGCUCUCGACCGCGACUUCACGCUCUUCCCGCACGGCGACAAGACCGUCGUCGGCGAGCGCGGAGUCAGUCUUAGUGGAGGUCAACGCGCCCGCAUCUCGCUCGCGCGCGCCGUGUACAAGCGGGCGGACAUCUACCUGCUGGACGACCCGCUGUCCGCCGUGGACGCGCACGUGGGCCGCCACCUGUUCGAGUCGUGCGUGGUCGGCUACCUGCGGAACACCACUCGGGUGCUGGUCACCCACCAGCUGCAGUUCCUCAGGGACGUCGACCAGAUAAUCAUAUUGAAGAAUGGCGCAAUAGCAGCGGCUGGAGACUUCGAAACCCUCAGCGCCUCUGGUCUGGACUUCGCGACUCUACUCGCCAGAGACGAGCAGGAGGAGGAGAAGCCCGUUGCUGAAGAGAAAUCUAACUUGGAUCUGGACGAUUCGGUGUUGCAGGGCAGUUUUAGAAAACGGCAGAUGAGCAUACACUCGGUGAGUUCGGUGGACAACCUGACGGCGACGGCGCCGCCGGAGGGCGGGCGCGAGGAGGCGGAGAUGCGGUCGGCGGGCGCGGUGUCGGGCGCGGUGUACGGCGCCUACCUGCGCGCCAGCGGACACCCGCUGCUCGUCGCGCUCAUGGCGCUGGUGGCCGUGCUCGCGCAGCUGCUCGGCUCCGGCUCCGACUGGUGGACCAGCUACUGGGUCAAUCAAGAGGAACGUCAUCCGCGUACACUGAUGCAGAACCUCGAUACGAAUGACACCAAUUUUAUGGAUGUAUCAUCGAACUUUACAAACGCGCUCGUUGACAACGCACACUUCGAAUCCGGCCUCACAAGAUACGACUGUAUUUAUAUUUACACAAGCAUGGUUGUGGCGCUGGUGGUGAUAUCGCUGCUGCGCUCGUUCAUAUUCUUCUCGAUGGCGAUGCGCGCGUCCACCCGCCUGCACAACAACAUGUUCGCGGCGAUCACGCGCGCGCCGAUGCGCUUCUUCCACACGAACCCGUCGGGCCGGAUCCUCAACCGCUUCUCCAAGGACAUGGGCGCCGUGGACGAGGUGCUGCCGUCCGCGCUGCUCGACGUGCUGCAGAUCGGCCUGUCCCUCAUCGGUAUCGUGAUAGUGGUGGCCAUAGUGAACUACUGGCUGCUGCUGCCGACGCUGGCCAUCGGCUUCGUGUUCUACGGCCUGCGGAUCUUCUACAUCGCCUCGUCGCGCAGCAUCAAGCGCCUCGAGGGUGUGACACGUAGUCCAGUGUUCUCUCAUCUGAAUGCAUCGUUGCAAGGGAUCACCACGAUACGUGCUUUCGGCGCUCAAGAGGCUCUCAUAAAGGAGUUUGAUAACCAUCAAGAUUUGCACAGCUCCGCUUGGUAUAUGUUUAUCGCGAGCUCGCGUGCUUUUGGCUUCUGGCUGGACUUGGUGUGCGUUAUUUACAUUGCUGUGGUCACCCUAAGCUUCUUAGUUUUCGGAAAUGAGGAAUACGGAGGCAACGUGGGUCUAGCCAUCACCCAGGCGAUGGGUCUCACCGGCAUGUUCCAGUGGGGCAUGCGGCAGUCCACGGAGCUGGAGAACCAGAUGACGAGUGUUGAGAGGAUACAAGAGUACUCGGGCAUCGAGCCGGAGCCGCCGCUGGAGUCUUCGGGCAGCAAGAAGCCGCCGCCGUCGUGGCCGUCGGCGGGGCGCGUGCAGUUCCGGCGCGUGCGCCUGCACUACGCGGCCGGCGAGCCGCCCGUGCUGCGCGACCUCACGUUCGACGUGCUGCCGCGCGACAAGGUCGGCAUCGUGGGCCGCACCGGCGCCGGCAAGUCCUCGCUCAUCAACGCGCUCUUCAGACUGGCCACCAUCGAGGGCGAGAUCAUAAUAGACGGGCGGGACACAUCCGAGAUGGGUCUGCACGAGCUGCGCAGCCAGAUCUCCAUCAUCCCGCAGGAGCCGGUGCUGUUCUCGGGCACGAUGCGACACAAUUUGGACCCCUUCGACGAGUACCCCGACCAGGUGCUGUGGAGGGCGCUGGAGGAGGUGGAGCUGAAGGAGGCCGUGAUGGAGCUGCCGGCGGGGCUGAACUCGCGCAUGUCGGAGGGCGGCGGCAACUUCUCGGUGGGGCAGCGCCAGCUCGUGUGCCUCGCGCGCGCCAUCGUGCGCCGCAACCGCCUGCUCGUGCUCGACGAGGCCACCGCCAACGUCGACCCGCAGACGGACGCGUUAAUUCAAACGACGAUCCGGAACAAGUUCGCCGACUGCACCGUGCUCACGAUAGCCCACCGGCUCCACACUGUUAUGGACUCGGAUAAAGUGCUAGUAAUGGACGCGGGUCAGAUGGUGGAGUACGACCACCCGCAUAUACUGCUGCAGAAACCAGACGGGGUUCUGCGCGGUAUGGUCGACCAGACCGGCCGCUCUAUGGCCGAGAUAUUGGCUAAGGUCGCCUUGCAGGCGUACAACAAGAAGUACCCACAAGCAACAGAGGCAACGGAGUGAAGUUCACUCACCGUUCGUUCCUAUACUUAUACACUUAGUUAAUUUUAGUCAAUUUGGCGUUCUGCUGACCACAUUUUAGUUACGAAAUUAUAUACGUCCUUUGUCAGGGACCAACGAUCUCUGGUUGUUCUUAAGCGAGAUUGAACCUUGAACGUAAUUUAUUUUCUUUGUAGGUUGCAUGUCGAGAAAACGCGUUUUUCAUUAUAAUUUAUUCGGCUGAAAUAUAUCCAGUGGUUUAUAUGAUACAUCGAAGUGAAGGGUUGAAUAAUUGGUUGUUUGUUUUUGAGUGAAUUUAUUAAAAAAAAUUCAAUAUUUUUUUUUGUGUCAUAUAAAUGACUGCGUACAAUAUAUGUUACUUGUCGAACGUUAGAAGGCAAUUUUUACCCAGUUAACUGUUCUUUAAUAUUUCUCAAUUUUAUUCGGUAACAAUAAAUAUUUUUCUUUUCUUUGCAUUGAAAGAAAUGAACUUAUGUUUUAAUGCCUUGACUGCCUUUUAAUGAUUGUAUUCUCAUACACAUCUCAUCUGAACUUUAUUCUUCUAAGCUUUGUGCUUUAGUCAAUGCGUUUUCUUGAUUUGCAAUGGAUUUACAAACACUACUAUUAAUUAAGUAUAGCAUGUAUUUUCGAAUGUGUGUCCUGUAAAAGCAGGUUUUAGUUUUAUAUAUUAACAUUUACUUAAAUUAUUAUAAUUGUAAUUGAAUUCAAAUGACUGCCUACUUUCUCAUUACAAUCGAAUACUUAUUGAAAUAAUUUAUUGAAGCUCAAAUCUAAGCUAGCCCAAGCUUGAUACAACACUAUUGUAUCAGCGGUUCAUUGGGCAGCUUGGUACGUUUAAGUACUUAAUUUUUAAGUAGUUUCUAUUCGAUAUCUGGUUUUAUCGUGGAUUUAUUUAAUUUGAUGUACUUAGAAUAAUUGUUUUCUUUUUCUUCUGAAUUAGUGUGAAUCUUAGUUACCAACCCACUUUAUAUAUUGUAAGAUCAAUU